GAUCUGGCCGCGAUUGGUGGCACGGUCUCUGGACAGCUUGCCCCACUUGGAUCCGAUCUGCAGGCAGUCGCGAAGCAUGUAAAGGACAUGGAUGACAAGUUCGAGUCCCAGCUGGUCACGACGGCCGAGCUUGACGCCAAGAUCGGGAGCAUCGAGGCCAAGAUCCUCGACACCAUCAAGACGCCCCUCGCUGCGGCAGCCUGUUCCCCGCCUGGGUCCACGAG